CUGCUGUGUCUAUCUGUAUUAUUCUCCACGUUUCCAUCUGUCAGAUCUCGGUCAAGGAAAGUUUGUUGAUAUUGAUAUUCUCAUAGCUGUUCAUUCCUCAUUUAUCUUUAUCUACCUUAUUAUAUCAUUAUAGAAAUUAUAUAAGACAACUUGACAUAUAAGUAAAUCUCUAGAGAUUUCAAAAAGACCACUGUUCUACAAUGGCUGAAAAAUAUAGCAGCCCAAGCUCUGAGUUGGAAGAUGGAUGGAUGUAUGUUGUGGACAGUGGGGAGAGUGAAGCACCCACAGUAGUAGAAGAAUCAGUAGUAGCUAUGACUAAGGAGAGGACAGAUUUGGAUGGUAUAAGCAUGAAAACUUAUUGCUUUUAUGAUGUUAAGCCCAUGGAUUUGAUUCAGAAUUUGUCAAAAAUGUCUGGGAGGCCCAAUGUUGUUUUGCUCAUUGUUACCACUCACCAGCAUUUAGAAACUCGGACAAGUAACCAGGAUAUUCCAGGCCUCAUGUCACAGCUUCAUUAUAAAGUAAAAGCCACAUAUAAAAGAAGUGAUGAUUUAGCAGAAAGAGUGAAGGAGUUACUGGUGAGAGCAGGAGCCAGAUAUGUGAGAAAAAAAACUUUGGUCAAGAGAGCUGAGUGUGGGACACAAUCUACACCCAGUGUUUAUAACUACAUCUCUGAUAUCACUGUCUGCCAAUUGUCAGUCCAAUCAAAGAGAGAUGCCACAUUUCACUACAAGCUAGGAAGGGCAUUAGCACCAUUAAAGGAUGAGGAGGUUGUUAUUUUGGGUCUUUGUAAUAAUACUGGACUAACCCACUCACAGACAAGCUGUCCUCCACAGAUAUGGGCUGAGGCAUUUGAUAAGUGGCUCAGCUAUUGUCUGCUUAAUAAAAGGUUUGAAGAGAUCAUCCAAUUUGAAAAAAGAUGCCCUCUUGCAAGUAAUAGUCAGUGGUUAGCAGAAAGAUUAUAUCCAUUACUUGUGGCUUUGGGAGCAGCAGGGGAAGGAGCUAUUGCAGAGCGUGUCCAUGAUGGAUGGUCAUUCUCUUCACAUUCUUAAACCAGGGCAAGCCAUUUAAUUCAUUCUUUAUUUGUGUUCUCGAGUAUAAUGGUCUGAAUGUUCUUGUCGAGAACUGAGAUGGAGUUAAAUUUGAUGUAAUUUGUGAAAGGCUUCGUGAGUCUAAAGUUAAAAGAGAUCAAAUUUUGUAGUGAAAGAAAAAAACGGUUUGGAUGCAUAAAACCCCACUCAAAAUCGAUUCUGUAGAUUGGACUAGAGGAGAGGACUGGUUGUUGGGCACCUUAUAUUGUGAGGUUAGCGAAUUUUAAA